AUGCUUGCUUCUUUAUGCUCGUCUCUUGGUUUAUGCGUUAUUAGAUUAGAUGGACAAACACCCGUUUCUGAACGGCAUGUGCUCGUCACAAAGUUCAAUGCAGAACGUGAUCCGGAAAAUGUCUUUUUGCUCAGUACAAAGGCAGGAGGUGUUGGGCUAAAUCUUAUUGGAGCGUCCAGACUCAUACUCUUCGAUUCCGACUGGAACCCAGCAUCAGAUCUUCAAGCCAUGGCAAGAAUAUGGAGAGAUGGACAGACCAGGCCUUGUCAUAUUUAUAGGCUGGUUACUGCGGGUACUAUCGAUGAAAAAAUCCUCCAGAGGCAGGUGAAGAAAACCGGACUAUCUUCCAUUAUAAGCCUCAGUGACCAAUCAUGUAAAGUAUUAAUUGACUUUUUUCUACUGUCUUUGAUUGUAAAGGAAAGUCUAUGCGAAACUCAUGAGCUGCUCAAUUGUCAGUGUGGAGGAACGGGUUUACUUUUGACUGAAAUGGAAGAGGAGGCUCAGGAUGAAGAUGAAGAAUCCGUUUUCGGUCACGAAAAGUUCGAAGAAGAUGAUUUUGACAAAAACGCCAAAGAAACGAAACAAACCGAUGACGCUCUCUCACCGGUAUUAGAUGAGCCAGCUACCAUGGCUGAGCUGUUUCGUUGGCGACAUUACUCACCUGAACAUACGGAUACAUGGAAUUACUUCAAAUCUGUUGCUGGAUUCUCUGAAACUACCCUCAAUGAUCUCACUUUUGCUUUUCAUUUGUCGAGCAAGUUCUAA